CACCCAGAUGCGCAUCCGCAAUAACCAAUACCCACGUGGCCAGCCGGGAUGUUCAGGUUUUCCAUCGACAGAGGAGGAACCUUUACUGACGUUUAUGCGGAAUGUCCUAGCGGGAAAGUGCGAGCUCUGAAGCUGUUGUCGGAUGAUCCUCGAAAUUAUAAAGAUGCUCCAACGGAAGCGAUCCGUAGGAUUCUUGAAGAGGAAACUAAUAUCUGCCUUCCAAAAGAUGAACUGAUUGACUCUUCACCCAUAGAAUGGAUACGUAUGGGUACCACUAUUGCCACCAAUGCCUUGCUGGAACGAAAGGGUGAGAAGAUUGCUCUUGUCAUAACAAAAGGAUUUAGAGACCUUCUUCACAUCGGAAAUCAAUCACGACCGAAUCUCUUUGACCUAGUGAGUUUCCAAUACUAGCGACACGUACCUUUUUGAUUCAUCGAAGAGUGUGAUAUUUACUCCCCUUGCACUAGUAGAACUUUGUCCAUGAUUUGUAACAUAUGUGAAACUCCUUGACUUUUCCGU